AUGGCGACCCGACCUCCUCUGGCUCCGCCCAUCAACGAGACGGAACACUCCGUCAGUCGCAUCACUCGCGAGGGCAAGAAGAUCACCUACAAAUUGAGUGUGAUGCAACAACCGGAACGUGCCAGAGCCUGUGGUGCUGGUGCAAAAUGUAUGCGUUCCCUUCCUUCUUCCAACCGUGCAACUCGACUAAUUCCUGUCCUCAAAGCCUCUGCCGAUCGUCGUCCGGUUGAUCCCCCUCCGGUCGUGGAGCUGCGCAUCUUCGAGUCCGAUCCCAACGACGACGUUCACAAGACCGACAUCACCUUUGCUUAUAAUGCCAAUUUCUUCCUGUUCGCAACGCUGGAUACGGCACGUCCCAUGGCGCAGGGCAGACUCGCCCCGACCCCAACCUGUCCCGUUCUGACUGGUGUGCCCGUGGCCGGAGUUGCAUACCUCGAUCGUCCAACCCAAGCCGGUUACUUCAUCUUUCCCGAUCUUUCGGUCCGCCACGAGGGCGUGUAUCGGCUCAACUUCCACCUGUAUGAGGAAACCAAGGACACCAAGGAUCUCAACGAAGGCGCUCCGCUCCCGACCGCCGUCAACCCCGGAAAGCCCGCCGCGCCCAAAUCGUUCCUGGAUUUCCGCCUCGAAGUCGUCUCGGUCCCGUUCACCGUAUUCAGCGCCAAGAAGUUCCCUGGUUUGACCACCAGCACCUCCCUGAGCCGGAUCAUUGCCGAGCAAGGUUGUCGAGUUCGGAUUCGUCGUGAUGUUCGUAUGAGACGCCGUGGUGAGAAGCGGUCCGAUGAUUAUGAGUUCGACGAGGAGCGCGCCUAUCGUUCCUCUCCACGCUACUCGACCCCCGAUGCGUACGCCGCCGCGAAUCCCGUUGAACGUCCUCGGUCGACCAGUAUCAGCGCUGCCGAUCCGUCGUAUCCAUAUGGCUCGGACGUCCAGCGUCGGCCCUCUGCCAGCGAGUAUGGCUAUCAGGGCGCUCAACCCUACCCGCGCCCGAUGCCACCAGGACCGGUAUCUUCUUCUUCGACGCCGGUGCCUCCUCCCGCUCCGCCGUCUCAUGGCUCCUCGUACCCAUCGCAUUUGGCGUUUGGUUCGACGCAGGCUCAGUACCCGGCUCCCCAACUGCCCCGGACUCCCCAGCCGGCUUCCGCUCCUCAUCCGUCGUAUGCCCACUCCAGACAUCCUUCGACGAGCAACGAGUACGAAUCCGGUUCAUCUGGCUACUCUUAUCCGUCUCGCCUGCCCACGGAGCGUCCUGGUUAUCACAAGACAUCCUUGCCGCCUCUCCGGUUGGAGCCUCCUAAUCCUCUGAACAUGCCCUCUGCGGGUGACCAGCCACGUUCAUCUGACCCCAACGCGUACCAAUCCAUGGCCCAUCCUGCGGCCGCACGUUCGCAAACGCCGUCCAACCCAAUGCCGUCGUUGCCACCGCUUAAGGUUGUAUCUGGCGAGUAUCCGGGUAGGGCAGCUCAGCCGAUGGGCAUCACUCCCAGCCCUGCCGCGGAGUUGGGCUCGGGUAAGAAGCUGCUCUGGGAGACGGGUGGUCCCUCGUUGUCCAAGCGGUCUUACGAAGACUCCUUUGGUCAUGAUGAACGCCCGCUCCACAACGGAAUGCGUCCGGACAACGAGAGCUAUCCCAACACCUCCCGCCGACCAUCCGAAGAAAGUGGACCGUCAUACACGACACCGUCCUAUAUCAGUGAAUUCCGUGACCAGAUGGUGUACAAGAGAGCCAACGGCCGGAUGGCUAACAAGAUCUCUCCUGCACUCAAUGCCGAGAUCAUGUUGGCGCAAGGCACCGUGGAUAUCCUCAUCGACGCGAACGAUCCACACGGCCAGUUACACCAGGGUCUCCAGUCGGCCUGCGAGCCGUCCCGCAAACACUCGCGCACCAGCAGCUACGAUACCGUCGACUCCGACUGGUCGUCCGAUGUCUCCGGUCGCUUCGACGAUGCCGACGAAUCUGACUACUCGCCGCAGUUGACGGGAUCGACCUCGCCCUCGGACUCCCACUCCGCAAAGCGGCGGCGAUCGAAUGACUGGCCGAAUCCGCCACAGGAUCAGUCCCAGUCGCAGCCUCAGCAGCACCACGUCCACCACAAUCUUUGGCCGUUCCACCACCAUGGAAAGACGUCUGCGUCCGGGUCCCCGCGCGCGUCUCCCGCCACGGGGAAACGCCCAGCUGGCUGCAGCGCUUCCAGCAAGAACCGCGGGCGUCGGUCACGGUUUGUGGAGGAGAGCAUGAAUGAUAGUGUCAGUGAAAAACCACCCAGUAUUUUCCUGCGCGAGGACCCUCGCACGUCGGCUUCGGCCUCAUCCGCCAGCGGGAAGGGGAGCAGCGCCGGCCAACGAAGCUCGGGGAUUUUCCGCUUCGGCAAGGCCAUUGCGUCGGCGUUCAAUCCGUUUGGUGUCUGGGGCAACGUCGCGGAUAUUUGGAAGAAUAACCCGCAUGAGGAGAACAAGUCGGCGACGGCGAAUGAUGCGCUGGCACGGGCUGAGAAGGCGUAUGCCGAGUUGAAGAAGGCGGGUUACAAGGGCACUGCGAAGGGGAAUUAUCUACAUCAGCAGCAGAGUCAGGAGCAGGCCAAUGCCUCGGAGCAGACAUGCAAGGAGGACAAGCCUGCGCGGCGGCAUUCGAGACAAAACUCUGGAGAGGGACAGAGCUCUCUUCGGAACUCGUUCCAGGAUCUGCGGAGGGCAAAGUCGUCGCUGGGGAUUUCGUCUAUCCCGCUGCUGUCUAACGCUAAUCGACGCUCCGAGGAAUCAGAUGCCGUGGGGGUGCGCCGGCAGAAGUCUCGUCGCGAGCUGCAGAGACAGGCCAAGCUUCUGAAACGAGUUAGUAACCUAGAGGACAAGCUCGAACGCGCUCGCCGCGAGCUGCAAGAGCUUAUGGGCGAGGAUGCCGAGACUCAAGUUCAAUCUCAAGCUCAGGACCAAGACCAGGCUCAGGUUCAACCCCAGCCUGAACCUGCGGAAACGACAGAUCCGGCGACAACCACGCUCUGCCAGGACGAGAAAGCAUACCAUCGCAAGUUCGUGCCCGGUGCACUUCCCUCGCUUCCGUCGGAGAGACUCCUGCAGGGAGAGUCCACGCCGCUGGGGUUGCUGUCGGAGAAUGUGCAGCGCACGCCUGCCAAGGACAAGGGCAAGCCGCGACGCGCGAGUGGUAACAGGCCCGUUGCACCCAAGUCCCCAAAGCAGCUGACGGAGGAUCAGAUCCCCGGCCUGGCUAUCGACAAUCCGUCUCUCAAACGAAAGUCGCCCGAGCCUGGCUGCGCGGCAGCUGCGGAUGCGACUGAGACGCAAACAGCUGAGAGCACCAACGACAAGUCCGUCAACGCGGAGUUCAACGGCCCCUCUCCCAAGUCAAAACUACCAAAAAAUGCCCGGGGAGAUAGUCCGCGGUCCGUGGAGCAGAAGCAAUCCAGAGAACAGGCGCAGUCUUCGGGGGAGAAGAAACGCGAGAGAAGGCGGACCCCUCCGCCGGCAGGCAAGCGCACGCCUUCAUCCCGGAAGUCAGCGAACUCUAGGAAUGUGACACCCUGUCUGCGCAUGAAAAAGAGCCGCAGCGACCUGCGCGCGGGAACCGGCGUGGAUAGCGAAAAUGAUGACCCAGGCAAGGAGAACCAGGAGGUCGAACUCACUCCUCGCAGACGGCCUUUGCAGGAGCAGCCCAAGACCAGCCCUAGCCCCUCGCCGAGCAAGCGCAAGCACAGCUACAGUUACAUCCCGCCGGUGCCUCCAUUGCCCAAGGAGCUCAUGGCCGCCGCGGCCAAACUCGACCGACAGCGGGAGACGCGUGGGAAGACCACAUCUGGAGAACAGUACAAGUGGCCGGAAGACAUUUUUUGA